AUGCUCCUCGAGCCCCGCGGCGCGGCGGACCAGCGCGUGACGCUCGUCCUCGACCUCGACGAGACCCUGGUGCGGUCGUCCUUCGACACGAACUUCGACGCGGACUUCGAGGCGCCCUUCAACCUCAACGGCUCCUGGUGCACGGCGCGCGUGCGCAAGCGGCCCUUCGUCGACGAGUUCCUCGCGCGCGUCGCGGACAAGUUCGAGGUCGUGAUCAUGACCGCCGGCGUGCGGCCCUACGCGUCCCUCGUGCUCGACCUCCUCGACACGGGCCGCGUGCUCGGGCCCCGCUUCUACCGCGAGUCCUGCACGAAGACGGCCAACGGCCUGCUGGUCAAGGACCUGAGCCGCAUGAACCGCGACCUGAAGCGGACGAUCAUCGUCGACAACUCGCCGAACGCGUACCUCUGGCACCCGGAGCACGCCAUCGACGUCGUCGACUUCGUCGGCGACCCGGAGGACGACGAGCUGAAGACGAUCGCCGAUUUUCUGGACGUCAUCCACGACGUCGACGACGUCCGCCAGCACGUCGCGCACUGGCGGAGCGGCGGGAGCUACGAGCUCCCGCCGAACGCGCGCGCGGACGCGCCGAACCGCGCGGCCCUCGCCAAGGAGGCCAAGGCCGCCGGCAACUGA